CCCUCUUCAUACAGAAGUGAGGAAGAACAGAAGACUUCACGGAACUCUAAAAGAGAAGAAAAACGAUAUUUUCCCUUUUUUUCGUCUUUGAUAUAUUUUAUCUAGCCUAACAGCUGGGCUUCGAGUCUUUCUUUUUUCAGAUUUGAAACUUUAAGUGUUUAGUCACACAUAUCCUUUUUUUUCUUACAUUAUCAGCCACUUCAUUUAAUCUUCCGAAAUGUUUCCAGAGGCAAACAGCUGCUACAGCUACGAGGAAUGCAAGGCCACUGCUGAUUGGCUGCUCGCCCAGACAGACAUCCAGCCCACAGUGGGCAUUGUGUGUGGCUCAGGGCUCGGAGGGCUCGCUGACCUCUUAAAGGACCAGGUGGCCUUCAAGUACAAAGACAUUCCCAACUUUCCACAGAGUACAGUGCACGGACACGCGGGGCGGCUCGUGUUUGGACACUUAAAAGGAAGGCCAUGUGUUUGCAUGCAGGGGCGUUUCCACCUGUAUGAGGGCUAUUCAAUCCAGAAGAUUACCUUGCCUAUGCGCAUCUUCAAGCUGCUUGGUGUUGAGACAGUGAUACUGACCAAUGCAGCUGGAGGCCUCAACCAUGACUUUAAAGAGGGAGACAUCAUGAUCAUCAAAGACCACCUCAACCUGCCGGGCUUCGCUGGCAUCAAUCCGCUGAAUGGGCCCAACGAUGAGAGGUUUGGUUUGCGUUUCCUCUGCAUGUCCGAUGCAUAUGACAGAGAGCUGCAGCAGCUGGCCAUGGAUGUGGGACAGGAUCUGGGGUAUGGAGAGUUCCUAAAGGAGGGCGUAUACUGCGUGGUGGGUGGGCCAACAUUUGAAACAAUCGCAGAGGGUCGCAUGCUGCACAGACUUGGCGCAGAUGCUGUUGGUAUGAGCACGGUCCACGAGGUGAUUGUCGCACGGCACUGUGGCAUGCGCGUCUUUGCCCUCUCCCUGAUCACCAACCAGGUUGUGAUGGACUACGACAGCGAAGAGAGGGCCAAUCACGAGGAGGUCCUCCAGACGGGCAAGCAGCGGGCGGAGCAGUUGGAGCGGCUGGUUUCCACCAUGGUGACCAAAAUUGUGCACAACAACUACGGCCUAAGAGAUUAAAUGCUAUGUUUAGGAUACUUCAUGUGGUUAUUCUUCACAUUUGGUGCAACUGCUUCAAAGAAAAUCCCACUUAAUUUAUUGUGUAGUUGAGCUGAUUUUAGCCUGAGGUCACAAGGUGAGAGGACGGCAGUCACCUGAAGAAUCUCACUUAGAUGUGCAAUGUAUAGACUUAAAAAAAAAAAUGCACUCAAACUUUAUAUUUUACAGCUCUGUGCACAACAGGAAACACAUUCCUCUGCCAAGUGGUUCCAGAAGAAAAAAGUAGCUCAGCUUUGUUAGAAUUUUAAAAAGGUGUUUCUUUUUUUUCUAACUUAAAAUUUAUGAUCACCUGUGUAAAUGUCUGCAAUUUAACUUAAAAAAGAACUCAAAUCUGCUGUAAAUGUCUUAUGAGGUUAAAACGUGUACAUUAACAUGCUUCUAUUGUAUCUACUUGUAUUUGACUGUACCCACUUUUAUAUGUUGUUAAAUGUACUAUUUAUUACUGUAUGAUGUCUUACCCUGGCACGUAUCACACAUAUUUCCACUGAUUUUUUUUUUUCAUAACAGCAAUUUAUUUGCAACUUUUAUUUUUUUAGCUCUCAGACCAAUAAAACUUGAUAAUGAACUCAGAGACUCUUGAAAA